UGGCUGUGUUGCGGCGCAUGCGCAGUGAGUUUUACCGUUCUGCGGUAUUUUGUGUGUUGGAGCGGGAAGAUUCAGAGCUGAGAGCGCCUCUUCAAGCACUAUCCUACAGGAAUUAGCCACAAACACAGCAUGCCUCGGGAGAUUAUAACCCUGCAGCUGGGACAGUGUGGAAAUCAGAUUGGUUUCGAGUUUUGGAAACAGCUCUGUGCUGAGCACGGAAUCAGCCCUGAGGGCAUCGUGGAGGAGUUCGCCACUGAGGGCACGGACCGGAAAGAUGUGUUCUUCUAUCAGGCGGACGACGAGCACUACAUCCCCCGAGCCGUGCUCCUGGACCUGGAGCCCCGAGUCAUCCACACCAUCCUGAACUCGCCCUACGCGAACCUGUACAACCCCGAGAACAUCUACCUCUCCGAGCACGGAGGAGGAGCAGGAAAUAACUGGGCCAGCGGCUUCUCUCAGGGCGAGAAGAUCCACGAGGACAUCUUUGACAUCAUCGAUAGAGAAGCAGACGGCAGUGACAGUCUGGAGGGAUUUGUGCUAUGUCACUCCAUCGCUGGAGGCACAGGGUCCGGUCUCGGCUCCUACCUGUUGGAAAAACUCAAUGACAGAUAUCCUAAGAAGCUGGUGCAGACGUACUCGGUGUUUCCUAACCAGGAUGAGAUGAGUGAUGUGGUGGUGCAGCCCUACAACUCUCUGCUCACCCUCAAGAGACUGACCCAGAACGCAGACUGUGUGGUGGUGCUGGAUAACACGGCCCUGAACAGGAUCGCCACGGACAGACUGCACAUCCAGAACCCCUCGUUCUCUCAGAUCAACCAACUGGUCUCCACCAUCAUGUCGGCCAGCACGACGACGCUGCGUUACCCUGGAUACAUGAACAACGAUCUGAUUGGUCUGAUUGCGUCGCUCAUCCCCACUCCCCGCCUCCACUUUCUCAUGACCGGUUACACGCCGCUGACUACCGACCAGUCAGUAGCGAGUGUGAGGAAGACGACAGUCCUGGACGUGAUGAGGAGACUCCUGCAGCCCAAGAACGUCAUGGUGUCCACGGGCCGAGACCGUCAGACCAACCACUGUUACAUCGCCAUCCUCAACAUCAUCCAGGGAGAGGUGGAUCCUACACAGGUCCACAAAAGCCUCCAGAGAAUCCGAGAGAGGAAGUUGGCUAAUUUUAUCCCGUGGGGUCCUGCUAGCAUCCAGGUAGCGCUCUCGCGCAAGUCCCCGUACCUGCCGUCGGCUCACCGCGUCAGCGGCCUCAUGAUGGCCAAUCACACCAGCAUCUCCUCGCUGUUCGAGAGGACGUGCCGUCAGUACGACAAGCUGCGCAAGCGCGAGGCGUUCCUCGAGCAGUUCCGCAAGGAGGACAUGUUCAAGGACAACUUCGACGAGCUGGACGACUCGCGCGAGGUGGUGCAGCACCUGAUCGACGAGUACAGCGCCGCCACACGGCCCGACUACAUCUCCUGGGGCACACAGGAGCAGUAACACACACACACUCUGAGAGGCUCUGGACUCAAUUGCUUGUCUGCAUUUAAUUGUAUGAGUGUGUGUGUGCACCUUAGUAUAUACGAGAAUAUCAGUAUCCCCUCUCUCUCUCUCUCUCUCUCUCUCUCUGUCUGUUGUUAAAGCUUUUAUCCAUCGCAUCCUUGUUUCACACACACACACACACACAGACCACAUACACAUCCAGGGUCCUGAGUAAGCAGAUAAGGCAGGGUGGUCUCACAGGGACGAAAGGGUGGAGCGGAAAAAUGAUAAGCCUGACUGAGAGAAAAGGGCAAAGACAGAAAAGAUCCAUGAGUGCACUUUCCUGUUUAACUCGCGCACACACACACACACACACACACACACACACGUACGUGUUUUUUUCCCCUCCGUUAUGAAGUAGUGCUGUGGCUUUUUAGGGAUCGAGUGUUUCAUUAUCAUUUAAGGUUUACGUCCGACGCUUUUAAUAAAAGACGAUGCGUCUCGCCGAUAAUCGGGAACAAAACCACGUCCGUGUUUAGCGCCGGUGGUCUGCAGAAGAUCUCCGACAGAAUCCUUUUAAAAACAAAAAACAAAAACGUUUUGUAAUCCCGAGGUCAUGCGGUCGUAAGCGAGACAGCUGAGCUGAUCUGAGAACUGUGUGUGUGUGUGUGGUCAUAAUUCCUGCACAUUUGUUUUUUGUGUUUAAUCCCCCCCCCCUCUCUCUCCCACACACACACACUCACUGCAGCUCAGGAAUGAGCCGAUUAAGCUGAAUCAGGUGUGUUCGAGCGGGACAGGGGGUUCUCCAGGACCGGGAUCGGGAGCCUGAGCAGUUUAAGUUUCCUUAAAACACUGCGAUUUAAACAAACAAACAACAACAAACGUCAGUGUUAAUCGUAAGGUUUCUAUUUUUCUGUCCCUUCCUGUGCUCUUUCACACCGAGCCUUGUGUUCUCAGAGCUGCUACUCCUCUCCGCCUGGACUUUAACAAAGAAUUCCCUUCUGUAAAUAGUUUGUGUUCACUUAAAUAAAUGAUUUUCUAAGACAA